GAAACGCGGAGAAAGACAGCUGGCGGGACGCGGUUCGGCGUGGACGGCGAGGUAGAGCGAGAGAGAAACGGGAAAGGAGAAAAACGGCGAAAUAACCGCUCGCUCGAGGUGGUAGGUGUGUAUAGUAUAGCAGUAUACGCGCGAGUUCGCUUUGCUGCAGUUUCGUGCACGGCGCGCGGUCACGUCGAACCAUACGCGAACAGGGUUACCGGGUCACCGUGUGGUCGGUAACGUACUGUACACCGAUCGACAUACAAAUCGUAUCCAUAUAAUAUACACGAAUAUAAUACAUAUAUAUAUAGGUAUAGGUAUAUAAUACGACCGCACGUCAUGACGGAUAUUGCAGUUCGACGCGACGUGAUCGACGACAACAACAACGACAACAACAACUGCUGUGCGACAUCACCGCGCGAUGUGUAGACCGCCGCCGUCUCGUGCACACACGAUCAAUCGUAUCUUGACCGCACGGGUGACGAGAGAGUAACAGUCUGCCGCGUUCUCUCUUAUACCUACUCGUCGUCCCGAAAGUCCUGCGUCGGCGAUAUGGUUGCGAACGCACACUUUCGACAUAGUCUUAUUGUUCCUACGACCAGUUUAAAGAUACUCGAGUGAUGAAGGUCGAAAACAGCGAUGUGCCCACCAUAUUCAACCCACGGAAGCCUAGACUUUCGCAAAGUAACGCCGUGCUGACGUCAGACCACAGACCUUAUGGUCCUUUCUCGCAUGUGCUGUCCAGAAGCGAAUCUCUGUGUCAGCCCGAAGAUGUGGAACAGGUCGAACAGUGCCAGCGGAGGCAGUUGGGUGUGUUCAAAAGGCUGAAGAACAAAUGUUGUUCGAAACAUGCGAGGAAGGUAUAUUAUGGUUUGUGCGUCACUUUCUUCGUCACCGCAUCUUGGGUGGGCGCCACACACGCCAUCAAGUACCUAUACAUGUACCAUCCGACUAAAUAUCCGGUGCUCACUGGCAGCGGGUUUAAUUUUUCGUCCAUACACCAACAAACGCUGAUGACGUACAACGCGCCAUUCUUCACCACGUGGUUUUGCACGAACUGGACGGUGCUGUUCUUCCCGCUGUACUUCUUCUGUCAGCUGGGCAGCCCCAACUACCAGACGCCCACCGACAUACUCGGCGAGAGCGUCCGCAACUUCCGGGACCGCGGGUUCACCGCCGCCCACUUCCUGACCAGGUGCUGCAUGUUCUGCAUGCUGUGGGUGUUCACCAACUACCUGUACAUACACGCGCUCAGCAUACUCGUGGCCACCGACGCGCUGGCCCUGUUUGCCAUCAACGUGUGCUGCGUGUACCUGCUGUCCUGGGUCAUACUCCACGACCAGUUCGUCGGCGUCCGGAUUGUCGCUGUCAUCCUGUGCAGCACAGGAGUGGCUUUACUCGCGUAUAUGGACGCCGGCAUUACGAACAAAAAGAAGACGAUGACCGGGGUUCUGUUAGCGGCUUUAGCUGCCGCCGGGUCAGCAGUAUAUAAAGUCAUGUUCAAAAAAAUGAUCGGCGAUGCUACUUACGGUCAAGUUUCGCUAUUUUUUUCGCUCAUAGGCCUGUUGAACGCAGCACUUCUCUGGCCAGUGUGUUUAGUUUUGUACUUCUCCGAAGUCGAAAUACUUCAUUGGGACCGUUUGCCUUGGAUGAUACUAUUAUCAGCCAGCACGCUGUCAUUGGUCGCUAACUUACUGGGAAAUUUGAGUGUUGCGUUCACUUACGACAUUUUCAUAACGUUUGGACUAAUCACCGCGGUUCCCGUGUCUGCAGCCAUUGACAUAACCAUACAUGAUGUACAGUUUUAUGGUAUGAAACUUGCUGGCAUCAUACUUAUAUCGAUCGGUUUCUUAUUGGUCAUGUUUCCUAACAACUGGCCAGAAUACAUUUUCCGAUUGCUCAGGAAUAUAAUACUACUGAGUCAUAGCGCUAGGUGGAGCCGGAAGAACCGGGGAUUGCCACCAAAUCCACCCAAAGUGGAAAUCGACUACCGGACCGGGUACAUCAGGUCGCAUUUGCGAUCUCCGUCCGGUCGGGUCAGGUGACCGACUACUGCCGUUAGUGCCAUUGCCGUUCACGCACCGCGGACGUCAACAACGUUAUUCGUCGCUAUCAAUAAAUUGGCCGGCAAACGUUGUAAUAAUAAACAUAAUAAUAAUAAUUGUCAUAAAAAAUAUUCGUCGUAUGCGGUCGCAACAGUAUUUCGUAUGUUCCGAUUUCAUUUUUUAGCCGUUUCACUUCUAUAAUAUAAUAUAUAAGUAAUAUUUCUUAGAGACAGUGUUUGAAUUAACAUCAGUAUAUUGGGAUGAACUACCACAUCAAGUCAAUAGUCGAUACACGUACAUUAUUAUAAUUUAAUUUUAUGUGAUAAUCAGAAUUUUCGGAAUCAGAUCAAUUUUAUUAUUAAUCCAAUUCAAGCACACUUUAAAGGCAUAACAUUAAGACAUAUCCGUACAGCAGACUAGUAAUAAUAUAUAAAUUAUAAUAUUACAUAUUAUUCGUUGACAUUUUUGUAAAAUACGUUCGUGUUUCGUGUAUAUUGUAUAAUAUAUACUAUAUUAUUAUGUACAAUUGUUAUUAUUAUCAUUAUUAUUAGGUACCUAUGUAGAUAAUGUUCGUCAACCAACAACAGAAUUGAACAAAAAUUUACAAUUUUUUUUGUUUCUUGUUUAAUAUAAAUAAAGCGUAAUAAACUCGCGUAUAUUCAUAUUAUGUAGAUACUUACAUAUUAUCUGUAUAAAAUCACGUUAAUGUAAUUUGUUAUGUGUUUCAAAAUGUACUUAUACUACCACGAUGGCGCGUAUUUAUAACAGAUUGCAAGAAACAUCUUGUGGAUUAAAAAGACGACAAUAUAUCCGUCCACGAGCAAUACCAUUAUAUUA